UUAGCAAAUUGAAUCAAUGAUUUCUCUCAGUGCGAGAAUAACCAGUCUACUUCCGGUUGGAAUAUUGAGAUUUUAUUUUGGUGAAAGUAUUUCUGUCCUAUUUUGAGAAAUACGGCAUCUUUGACGAGGGAGUGGCGCUGUUGUAACCUCACAGGCUAUGGAAGUGGGGUUACGAGCUGUUCGUGGCCCAGACUGGAAAUGGGGUAACCAAGACGAUGGAGAGGGUCAUGUAGGUACAGUGGUGGAGAUCGGAAAGCCAAGCAGUUCCACUUCUCCUGAUAAAACAGUUGUAGUUCAAUGGGACUCUGGAGCUCGGACCAAUUAUCGAGUGGGUUAUCAGGGUGCCUAUGACCUCCGAGUAUUGGACAAUGCACCAACAGGUGUGAAACACCCGAACAUUAUUUGUGAUGGCUGUAAGAAGCAGGGGAUCCAGGGAAUGAGAUGGAAGUGCACUAAGUGUCACGACUAUGAUCUCUGUACUGAGUGUUAUAUGUCUGACAAACAUGACCUGAGCCAUGCCUUUCUCAGAUUUGAGACAUCACCUUCUAAAGGGGUGAAGAUGCCAAAAAGGAAGGAUAGUGUGAACAGUAAUAAAAUCCAGUCGUGGGGAAUCUUCCCUGGAGCUAGGGUUUUACGAGGUCCAGACUGGGACUGGGCCAACCAGGAUGGUGGGGAAGGAAAGAUUGGCAAGGUGACAGAUGUACGAGGAUGGGACUCGGAAUCUGGGCGAAGUGUAGCCCACGUCACAUGGACAUCUGGAUCAACCAAUGUCUACCGUGUAGGACACAAGGGCAAGGUUGACCUGAAAUAUAUCAGUGCUGCCAACGGACAAUCUUACUACAAGGAACACCUUCCUGUUCUGGGUGAGUUCCCUGAUAUUGUGACUACAGGAGGUGUGCAGUGUCAGUUCAAGGUCGGGGACAAGGUCAAGGUUGAUCUUGAAGCAGAUAUCCUGAAAGCUAUGCAGGAAGGUCAUGGUGGCUGGAACCCACGUAUGGCAGAGUAUAUUGGCAAGGUUGGUUCAGUUCAUCGAAUCACAGAUCGUGGCGACGUGAGAGUUCAGUAUGAAGGUUGUAGUAACCGAUGGACGUUCCAUGCAGGAGCCUUGACCAAGGUGCAUCUGUUUGCAUUAAAUGACAUUGUUAAGAUAUCCCAGGACAUCCACAUUGUCAAGGAACUACAAAAAGGUCAUGGGGAAUGGUCAGAAAAUAUGAGACCGGCCCUAGGGAAGACGGGUCGUGUGCUGAAGGUCUAUCCGGAUGGUGACCUCCGAGUGUCCGUGUCUGCUGGUCAGACAUGGACUUUGAACCCUGCCUCUUGUACUCUGGCCCAGCAUUCACACUCAAAUGUCAACAACACCAAUGGGGCUGCGCCUGAACGUGAGGAGGCUACAGGGGUGAGUUUGACAUCCCUGUUGGAACAGCUGAUGGAGAUAAAAUCCUUGGACUCUGGACCAGAGAGGCUUGUUAGGGAGGCUGCUCAAGGUCACACCGACAUUGUGAAGGAAAUUGUCAGUAAACAUCCAGAUAAGGUGGAUAUGAAGAGUUCAGGUAAGACUGCACUACAGGUAGCCAGUCAUCAGGGACAUACAGAGAUAGUACAGAUCCUACUCCAUGCUGGGGCAAACCUGGAGCUCCAGGACGAAGACGGGGACUCGGCUCUCCACUACUCAGCAUUUGGGAACCAAGCUGAAGUGAUGCGUUUACUACUGAGACAGAACGUCCAUAUAAACUCCCUCAACAAUGGUGGCUGUAGUACUCUCCAUGUGGCCGUCAACAAACAGCAUGUCGACUGUGUCAAGAUCCUUCUGGCACAUGAUCAGUGCAAUGUCAAUAUACAGGACUCAUAUGAAGACACUGCCCUACAUGACGCUAUUGGCAAAGAGAAUCGCGAGAUCAUAGAAUUGCUGGUGAAUGUAAAUGUCAUUGACUUCACACUGCGGAACAAACGAGGAUUCAACGUACUACACCACGCUGCCCUGAAGGGGAACAAUUUUGCAACAGAGAAGAUUCUUGCUAAAUGUCGACAAAUCGUAGAUAUAAAGAAAGACGAUGGAUUUUCUGCCCUCCAUCUUGCUGCUCUUAAUGGACAUAAGGAAGUUACAAAUACGCUAAUAACACAGGGUCAUGCUGACAUAGAGAAUCGUAACAACCGUCAGCAGACUCCGCUACUACUGGCCGUAUCCCAGGGCCACACCUCGAUCAUUGAGCUACUGGUGGUGUGUGGCGCGGAUGUUAACGUAAUGGAUGAGGAUGGUGAUACUUGCCUCCAUCUCGCCCUAAUGAGACAGACCGUUGCCACAGAAAAGGAGAAUAGUCCGAUGCUGGAUGCUAUUCGUGUCCAGCUUGGUAUGACAGAGGAUGAUGAACAUAUGGGACCUGCCAUUGCUUGUUACCUCGCUCAACAAGGAGCUAAACUCACCCAGAAAAAUCACCAGGGCAAGACUCCAAUGGAUGUCAUCAGCGACCAACGCACUGAGGAGCUUAUUAAGCAAUUUGCCACUUCAAAUGCCUCUGGUACCAGAUCAGAGAUACAACAGCCCGGUGAUAUUGAAUGUGUGGUGUGCUCGGAGCAAAUUGCUUGCAUCAAGUUUCUGCCCUGUGAGCACGUGAUCACAUGUCAGGAAUGCAGUGUGAAACCAAAGCGCUGUCUGACAUGUAAAGUCGUCAUUGAGGCGAAGGUCUCAAAAGAUGGAGCAAAACUACAGAUACACAGUAAUUCACGGCAGACAGAUUCUGACUCUAAUUUACUACAGCGCCGCCUACAGGAGAUGGAGGAAAACAUCUUGUGUACUAUUUGUAUAGAACGACGACGAGACAUGGUCUUCCUGUGUGGCCACAGUGUCUGCAACAAGUGUGGGGAGGCACUCAAAAUCUGCCACAUGUGUCGCAAACCAAUCACCAAAAAAAUUACUAUCUACAGUUAGACAUGUCACUUAUGUUAGAAAUGAACUAUGAAAAUCAAUCUUUUUCAGUUAAAGCCACAAUAUAUAAAACUUUCACCGAGAGUAAUUCAAGAAAAAUGAUAUUACAUGAGUUAGAAAAUUUAAUUUUGGCAAUACACUAUACAAAAUUAACCAAACACUUUCUGGGGCAAGAAUUUUUUUACUGCCAUAUAUUGUUGUGUAUUACUCUAAUAAGGGGUGUAAAUUACUCUAUAAGGGUGUAAAUUACUCUAUAAUGGGUGUAAAUUACUCUAAGGGGUGUAAAUUACUCUACAAGGGUGUAAAUUACUCUAUAAGGGGUGUAAAUUACUCUAAGGGGUGUAAAUUACUCUAAGGGGUGUAAAUUACUCUACAAGGGUGUAAAUUACUCUAAGGGGUGUAAAUUACUCUAAGGGGUGUAAAUUACUCUACAAGGGUGUAAAUUACUCUAAGGGGUGUAAAUUACUCUCUAAGGGGUGUAAAUUACUCUACAAGGGUGUAAAUUACUCUAAGGGGUGUAAAUUACUCUACAAGGGGUGUAAAUUACUCUCUAAGGGAUGUAAAUUACUCUACAAGGGUGUGAAUUACUCUAAGGGGUGUAAAUUACUCUCUAAUGGGUGUAAAUUACUCUCUAAGGGGUGUAAAUUACUCUAUAAGGGGUGUAAAUUACUCUAUAAGGGUGUAAAUUACUCUAAGGGUGUAAAUUACUCUACAAGGGGUGUAAAUUACUCUACAAGGGUGUAAAUUACUCUAUUAUAAGGGGUGUAAAUUACUCUACAAGGGGUGUAAAUUACUCUAUAAGGAUGUCAAUUACUCUAGAAGGGGUGUAAAUUACUCUACAAGGGGUGUAAAUUACUC